UUAUUGCGCCUGACAGGUGAAGGUGACGAGGUUAGGUGCUGCAGCAGGGGAGACACCGCCCCCCCCUCUUCGCUCUCCGCUAUGUUGGGGGCUCAGCCCUUGCGCCUCCGUCCGAUUUGCACCCAGGCUCGCUUUUUUGCCGCCGCCGCCGCUCCAGAAUCGGCACCCCCAAAGAAAACUCAGUUUGGUCCCCUCAAAGAUGAGGAUCGCAUUUUUACUAAUCUUUAUGGACGUCAUGAUUGGAGGUUGAAAGGGGCUUUGAGCCGAGGUGACUGGUAUAAAACCAAGGAAAUCCUGCUGAAGGGUGUUGAUUGGAUCUUGAAUGAAAUAAAAACUUCAGGCCUGAGAGGCCGUGGAGGAGCUGGCUUUCCCACUGGCCUCAAAUGGAGCUUUAUGAAUAAGCCUCCAGAUGGCAGGCCUAAGUACUUGGUAGUGAAUGCAGAUGAAGGGGAACCAGGAACUUGUAAGGAUCGGGAGAUUAUGCGUCAUGAUCCCCAUAAGCUAAUAGAGGGCUGCCUAGUGGCAGGAAGAUCUAUGGGGGCUCGAGCUGCUUAUAUCUAUAUACGUGGAGAGUUCUACAAUGAAGCAUCAAACUUGCAGGUGGCAAUCAAGGAGGCCUAUGAAGCAGGACUGGUGGGCAAGGAUGCUUGUGGCUCUGGCUAUGACUUUGAUGUCUUUGUAGCAAGAGGGGCAGGUGCCUACAUUUGUGGUGAAGAGACAGCACUCAUUGAAUCCCUUGAGGGCAAACAGGGCAAACCCCGCCUCAAGCCUCCUUUCCCUGCAGAUGUAGGGGUUUUUGGGUGCCCUACCACAGUGGCAAAUGUGGAAACAGUUGCAGUAGCACCUACCAUCUGCCGUCGAGGAGGUACCUGGUUUGCUGGCUUUGGACGUGAGCGUAAUUCUGGCACUAAGCUCUUCAAUAUCUCGGGCCAUGUCAAUACCCCUUGUACUGUGGAAGAGGAGAUGUCAAUACCAUUGCGUGAUUUAAUUGAACGACAUGCAGGCGGCAUUAGAGGUGGCUGGGAUAACUUGCUUGCUGUGAUUCCUGGAGGCUCUUCAACACCGCUCAUUCCCAAGUCAGUGUGUGAGACAGUUCUGAUGGACUUUGAUGCCUUAGUGGAGGCACAGACCGGGCUCGGGACAGCAGCUCUCAUUGUCAUGGACAAAUCGACAGAUAUAGUUCGAGCCAUUGCCCGCCUCAUUGAAUUUUACAAGCACGAAAGUUGUGGGCAGUGCACACCUUGCCGAGAAGGUGUUGACUGGAUGAACAAGGUCAUGUGGCGAUUUGUGAGCGGCAAUGCACAAGUGGCAGAAAUUGAUGCACUCUGGGAAAUUAGCAAACAAAUUGAGGGUCACACUAUCUGUGCCCUGGGAGAUGGGGCUGCUUGGCCUGUGCAGGGUCUAAUUCGUCACUUCCGUCCAGAACUGGAGGAACGGAUGAAGCAAUAUAAUGAAUCUAAAAAGCAGGCAUCUGGAUGAACAGUUAUAAAGCCCACCUCAAAGAAGUUACACUGUUCUAUAAUCUUUUGUAGCCCAUGUCUACUUUUGCUUGGGCUUCAGUAUCAGAGUUUAAUUUCUAUUAUUUGUGACAACCUGCCUCAACUCCCAUUUUUCUUUUUUGUUUUCUUCUUGGGCAGUUUAUUAAAUACUUUAGACUGA